GAGUGUCACCUAGGGGCUUGGGGACAUGGAGGGUCUUUUCCAAACUUCUUCAAUUAUCCUUAACAGGCAGCUUCCCCACACAACAGCUCCACUGUGAACAGCCUGAUUUUUAGCAAACUCUACAUUAAGGAACAGCCCGGUCCCCAUAGUCAGGAAACAUUGUGCAAAUUGAGGAUUCCUUGCCAAAGGGAAGUCGUGAGGUCUCCAGCUAGCUGCCGCCGCCGCUAAAUGGGAGCCCCGCUUCCCCCUGGGGGAGCAUUUCUGCUGGCUCCAGGGCUUUGACCACCUAUAAAGCUUAGCAAUGGGAAGUAAAGAAACCCUCAAGGAGGAAGCCUUCUUGGGCAGCACAGAAGACGGAGCCGACUUUGACCAAGACAUGCUCCCUGUGAUGGAGACCUUUGAAAUCAAUGAUCCGGUGCCCAAGAAGAGAAAUGGAAGGACCUUGUGCAUGGCAGUCAUGGCCAUCCACCUGAUUCUGCUCACAGCAGGUACUGCCCUGCUGCUGAUUCAAGUUCUCAAUCUGCAGGAGCAGUUCCAGAGCCUAGAGAUGUGUUGUGACAAUGGAACACUAGCUGCUGAGGACAAGCCAUUCUUCUCUCUGCAGUGGGCACGUCCCAAAACACACAUAGUAUCAGGAGCACAGGGGCUGCAAGCCUUGCAGGCCCAGCUUAGCUGGGUCCACACCAGCCAGGAGCAACUGCGUCAGCAAGUUGACAACCUCACUCAAAAUCCAGAGUUGUUCCGGAUUAAAGGUGAACGAGGCUCUCCAGGUCCAAAAGGGGCCCCGGGCGCACCGGGAAUCCCAGGCCUGCCUGGGCCAUCUGCUGCGAAGGGAGAAAAGGGGGCUGCGGGUCGUGACGGAACUCCAGGUGUCCGAGGACCCCAGGGCCCACCAGGCACCAAGGGAGAGGCAGGCCUCCAGGGAUUCACGGGUGCACCAGGGAAGCAAGGAGCAGAUGGUGCUCCAGGGCCUCAAGGAGAAAAGGGCAGCAAAGGUGACAAAGGUCUCACUGGCCCCAAGGGGGAACACGGCACCAAGGGGGACAAAGGGGACCUAGGCCUUCCAGGAAGCAAAGGGGACACGGGCAUGAAGGGAGACAGGGGGGUCACGGGGUCCCCUGGAGCCCAGGGAAAUAAAGGCGAUGCUGGAAAACCAGGCCUACCAGGUUUGGCUGGAUCUCCUGGAGCCAAAGGUGAUCAAGGAAAACUUGGAGUGCAGGGUCCUCCAGGCCCUCCUGGUGCACCAGGACAAUCAGGUGCCAAGGGUGAGCCGGGGCGCACUGGUCCUCCUGGGCCAACAGGACCCCCAGGGAUUGCCGGUAAUCCAGGGGCUGCAGGUUUGAAAGGAAGCAAGGGGGACAUAGGAAUUCAAGGACAGAAAGGCACAAAAGGAGAAUCAGGAGUCCCAGGUCUUGUAGGCAGAAAGGGAGACACUGGAAGCCCUGGGCUGGCAGGCCCCAAAGGAGAACCUGGACGAGCCGGUCUGAAGGGAGAACCUGGGAUGAAAGGGUCUUCUGGCCAGCAAGGACAAAAGGGAGAAAAAGGUCAAAAAGGCGAUUUCAACCUGGUUGUCCGGAUCGUGGGCGGCACCAGCAGAGGCCGAGCUGAAGUUUACUAUAACAAUGUCUGGGGGACAAUUUGCGAUGAUGGUUGGGAUAAUAACGAUGCCACUGUCUUCUGCCGCAUGCUCGGUUACUCCAGCGGGAGGGGACUUGGCAGCUUUGGAGGUGGCACUGGGAAGAUCUGGCUGGAUGAUGUGAGUUGUCUGGGGACAGAGGCCACUUUGUGGGACUGCAGGAAGAGCUCCUGGGGCUCUCACAAUUGCAACCAUAAUGAAGAUGCAGGAGUGGAAUGCCGCUGACCUGGGAGCCUGAGAAGUCAUCCGUGUGUUCCCAGGUGUCUUUGGGCACCACCCACAUGGAGAUCUGUGGGCUUGCUGACUCUGUUGAGGGGAAACCAAUAAAGCUCAACUAGGGAUAUGC